AUGAGUACACUUGUUUUAACUCCUUCACAACCUCCAACUACGAUUCAUCAUCAACGGCAGCAGACGAAUAAAAGCAAUUCAUCUACCGUUGACCCUCUUCGUGCUCGAUAUCUAAUAGCACAUAAACUAGCUUCAGGUGGCUUCGGCGAAGUCUACGCGGGCAUAAGAAAGAAAGAUGGCAUGCCAGUAGCUCUGAAAGUCGUUCCGAAGAAGCGUAUGCGUGAAGUCAACACUCCUGAUGGAAGAUUACCACUUGAAGUUGUUUUAUUACGACGUGUAGCAAAAGUUAAGAAUGUUAUACAUAUGUUGGACUAUUUCAUUCACAAUGAUCAACUCGUUAUCGUUCUUGAAAGACCUGAACAUUGCUGUGAUUUGUACGAUUUUAUUACUGCACGACCAAAUGGCAUAGAUGAACGUCUGGCGCGUGAUUUUCUUAAACAAAUCAUUCAAAUUCUUAAAGAUGUCCAUCAAUGUGGAGUUCUACAUCGAGAUAUCAAAGAUGAAAAUUUCCUUGUCGACACACGUACGGGACAAAUCUAUCUGAUCGAUUUUGGUUCGGGAGCGAUAUUUCACGAAGGAAUCUAUACAGAUUUCGAAGGUACGGCUUGUUAUGCGCCGCCCGAAUGGGUGACAUGUCGUCGAUACUUUGGCUUACCACAAACAGUCUGGUCGUUAGGGAUUUUAUUGUAUGAUCUCGUUUGUGGUGAUAUUCCUUUUGUUGAUGAAUUAUCGAUCGUAAAGUGUCAACCACAAUUUCCAGCUCAUCUAUCCCCAGAUUGUAUUCAACUGAUUGAACAAUGUUUAUCGAUACGCUCUUCUGAAAGGCCGACGCUGGACGAAUGUUUACAAUCUGAAUGGUUGAAAUCACCGUCGUCGAGAGACUUAUGUUUAGCACACGUACCGCGUCGACGUCCCGGACGUAACUCUUCGUCAUCGAAAUCAACAAGUUCGUCAUCGAGAGGAAACUCUUUGUAA